UCAGGUGAAUGACUUAAGAUGUAACCUGAACACAAUCAUUGUUGCUACUAGAUAGGUAAAGGAUCUGCAAAAUUGUGUCAGAUAAUGCAGAUGAUUCUCACUUUAGGAAAUGCAUUGAACCAAGGCACUGCUCGAGGAUCUGUCAUAGGAUUCAAAUUGGACAGCCUACUUAAGCUGUUUGAUACUCGUGCAAGGAACAAUAAAAUGACAUUGAUGCAUUAUUUGUGCAAGCUCAUUGCCGAGUUGAUGCCAGAGUUGCUGGAUUUUGAUAAGGAUCUCGUUCAUUUGGAAGUGGCCUCUAUGGUAUGCUUUUUCCUUAAUGUAACAAGUGGAUAGGGUGUCUAUAGUUGAAUUGUAC